GCCCUGCCCCCUCCCCGGGGGGCUGCCGGGCAAGGCGGCAUUGUUGGCCGCGUCCAUCACUCCUCGUCCCCGGCUGACAUAAUGAAUGCGCUUGGACACACCUUCCAGCCCGGCGGAGAGGCGCCGCGUCUCCACGGACAGCCUCACCGAGCCCUCCGCUCCGCUCCCCGCAGCCCUCGGGGAGGCGCCCCGCCAGCCCGCCCGGCCCCAUAGCCCGGCGCCCCGUCCCAGCCCAGUGAGGGGCCGCGGCGGCCGGGCCGGGCUGGGCAGGGCGAGGAGGGUACAAACUCUCGCUAUGCUGCCCAGCGCCCUUUACUGGGACCUGGUGGGCUCCUCCGCUCUCCUCAACCUGCCGGCGGCGCCGGGCUUCGGCAACCUGGGCAAAAGUUUCCUCAUCGAGAAUUUGCUGCGGGCCGGGGCUCCGAGCCCUGCCCAGCUCCGUCCCCUCCCCGCCAACCCCGUGCCCCUCAAGCUGUGCCCCGCGGCGGAACAAAUCAACCCCUCAGGGGGUCACUUCCCGGCAAGAUGGGCUUUCCAAGUGCUUAACCCCUCGGCGGCGGACGGCGGCCGCCCGCCAGCGCGGGCCGCGGCGGCGGAGAGAGGCGGCAUCUUUCCGCCGGCAGCCACAGCUCUUUCCAAACACUUUUUUCUCCGAGCCCCACCAUUCUACUCAGCAUGCUGCGGUGGGUCCUGUCAGCACCCUGCAUCCCCCACUGCUUUUCCAAGGGAGGAAAGUGUGCUGCCUCUUCUGACCCAGGAGUCUAACUCCAAAUCCCGGAGAGGCAUAUUAAGAAGAGCUGUCUUUUCUGAAGACCAGAGGAAAGCUUUGGAGAAAAUGUUCCAGAAGCAGAAGUAUAUUAGUAAAACAGACAGGAAGAAACUGGCCCUUAACCUUGGUCUAAAGGAGUCUCAGGUGAAAAUCUGGUUUCAGAAUCGAAGGAUGAAAUGGCGAAACUCCAAAGAAAAAGAAGUGCUUUCUAACAGGUGCCUCCAAGAAGAAGGUCUUCAGGAGAACUACCUCUCACGAUCCACCAUGAAUUUUACCUCUCCAUGCCCAUCUGUGUGGGAAAUGUCAGAAGAGCGGGCAAGUCCAAGGUGGAGGGAGAAUUCUCCAGGAAAUUCUGAAAGACUGACUACUGCACAACCACCUCCAAGAGCAAAUUCAUUGCAGAGCCCACUCUAUUUGUAUCCUGACCAAGACACUGCAAACAAGGCAUCAUCAAGUGUAAGAGAGUAGGGGCUGUUUGUAAGUGGAGUGGAAGAGUGCAGGCUUCAAAUGAGCAGUCUUUUAAGAUUAACAAUAUUUGAACAUUGUAAAGCUAACUAGUUUAUGCUUCAAAAAUAUGCUAAAGUCUAACACCAUUAAAAUUACAACCAACUAAUGACUAAAGAAGUAUUCUUCAAUAUUCAGUCUUUUCUUGUGUCUUUUCCACUCUUAUACUGACCUUAAAAGUAAAAUAGGAACCGAUGGUAAGUAAAUGAAGUGAAGAACAUGAAUCUGAGUUUAUGCUUUGAUUUAUACAUCUGCACUGUAUGUGAUGCUAGUUAAAAAUACACUAAUAGAGAAUCACUUCUAUCUCUCAUUGUAGUCGGACCAAUUAAUUUCUUCUAUGCAUGAGAUAAAAAGAGCUCUUCUGUCAAGACAGUAAGGGGUUUUGGGUUCUUUUAGAAAUUCAUGAAGUAACACAAUAGAUUCAUAUGGACAAAUACAAGCAUUUUGGUGUGUUUUCUCCAUCUGUCUUCACCUAUGUCAGUAUUCAAUUAGCUUUAAAUAGUCACAGGUCAACCGAUAACCUCGGUAAAGUUAUGCAAUAUUAAAAGGCAACCAACCUAAAAUGUUCCAUGUUUAAGUAACUCUGAUGAGUGUGUGUACUGGAAAGUGCAGUUCACUGGCUUCUGUCUUUCUGUCCAUGCAUGAAUCUACUAGCAUUCUUAACUUUGAAUUGCAGUGUCUUUUUUUUUGGCUGUUGGUAGAAUCUUUUGUAUUUCAAAACUGCAAUGACAGUGUGCAGAAUUGUAGCCAAAAAUGCACUAAACAACAGACCCAUAACUGGAAAAAUUGCUACUACAGCCAGUUCAGAAAAUUGCUUAUGGACAUGAUGUACCAAUAGUAGCAUUAUUCCUGGCUUAUUGCUGUUUAAACUGGUGCCAGUAAGAACGCAUUAGCAUAUAUCUGUAUCAAAGACAGGACAGUAUUCUGUGUAAUACAAGUUGCCUUGAAUAUUAUUAAAGCUACUUAAAAUUAUUUGCUUGCUUAAUCCAAUUUAAGGAGGUCAGCAUAUGAAUUUAGGUGUAUCUUUCUUUGUUUUAUUUGCAAAUUUUUAUAGCUAAAAAUGGGAGCAUAGCAUUCAUUUUCUUUUUCAUACAUUUAUGGAUGCCUUUGUUGAGAAGAGAGACUAAAGAUAUUUUAUGUUACAGGCAAAACCUUAUGGAGCACAUUAUAGGUUUUAUAGGGACUAUUUUCUUUCUGUUCAUACAUUUUAUAGGCAAAAGAUUAUGAUAAUCUAGUCUGGCUUUUCUUAUCAUAUAUGCCUUGAAUGUUUCUGAUUAUUCUGAUUAUACUUGCCUUGAGCUUCA